AUGGCAGGCAACUCCCACCACCCCAUUCACAUCCACCCGGUGCGACCGCUCUACCGCUUCACUGCUACCGCAUUGGGCGCCAGCAUGUGGUUCUUCCUCAUGUACCGAGCCAAGAAGGAUGGUCCUGCUCUGUUGGGCUGGAAGCACCCGUGGGAUCACUGA